UGUGCAGGCCCCCCUCCCCUUUCUGUGGUCCACACCCCCCCUUGAGCUAUAAGAAGCGCUGUAGCGGGAAUUGGUCUGCAGUGCAUGACAGCACCCUCCAUAGAACUCAGCCCUGGGCAGGAGUCAGUCAGCCGCCUCUGUGUGCGGCUUCGCACGGCGGAUCGGGUGCUGGGAGGAGAGAGAGGCGGAGGAACACCCUGCCCUGGUUUAUUCUCAGGCUCCCUGCUUCUUUUUGUCCCCACCCCUGACUUUAUUAUCUGCCUGCUCAAAAUUAAGAGCAAAGGCAGGAGCCUGGGGAGCUAAUAGCGUGGGACGCACGGAGACACCUUGGCAUGAAUUAGAUGGCAAUCGCACGGAAAUAUUUUUCCUAGGAAGAAAAGGGGGAAAACCCGGUCCCAUAAAAAAGAAAGAGGAUUGAAAGAGCAGCUUUGCUGAAUGAGAAGGACAGAGCAGGAUCAGCAGCAUGAGCACUAGCACAGUUCCCUAUCAACAAAACCCGUAUAGCUCCCGGGGCAGCUCCACCGUCAUCCAGUGCUACCGCUGUGGAGACACAUGUAAGGGAGAGGUGGUGCGCGUCCAGAGCAAUCACUUCCACAUCAGGUGCUUCACCUGCCAAGUGUGCGGCUGUGACCUGGCCCAAUCAGGCUUCUUCUUUAAGAAUGGAGAAUACAUCUGCACCCAUGACUACCAGCAGCUCUAUGGGACCCGCUGCGACAGCUGCCGCGACUUCAUCACUGGAGAGGUCAUCUCUGCCCUGGGCAGGACAUACCACCCCAAGUGCUUUGUCUGCAGCAUGUGCAGGAAGCCAUUCCCCAUUGGAGACAAAGUGACAUUCAGCGGGAAAGACUGCGUCUGCCAAGCCUGUUCCCAUUCGCUGAUCAGCACCAAGCCUAUCAAGAUUCACGGGCCGAGCCACUGUGCAGGCUGCAAGGAGGAGAUCAAGCAUGGCCAGUCGCUCCUGGCCCUGGAGAAGCAGUGGCACGUCAGCUGCUUCAAAUGCCAAACCUGCGGGAUCAUCCUGACCGGCGAGUACAUCAGCAAGGACGGUGUUCCAUACUGCGAAUCUGACUACCAUGCCCAGUUCGGCAUUAAGUGUGAGACCUGUGACCGGUACAUCAGUGGCAGGGUCCUGGAGGCAGGAGGGAAGCACUACCACCCAACCUGUGCCAGAUGCGUCCGCUGCCACCAGAUGUUCACGGAAGGGGAGGAGAUGUACCUCACAGGUUCUGAAGUGUGGCACCCGAUCUGCAAACAGGCAGCGAGGGCAGAGAAGAAAUUGAAGCACAGAAGAACAUCAGAAACGUCCAUCUCACCCCCUGGUUCCAGUAUUGGUUCCCCCAACCGAGUCAUCUGUGCUAAAGUGGAUAAUGAGAUCCUUAAUUACAAAGACCUGGCAGCUCUUCCCAAGAUUAAAGCCAUCUACGAGGUGCAGCGUCCCGACCUCAUUUCCUACGAGCCCUAUCACAGAUACACAUCAGACGAGACGCUGGAGAGAUAUAGCUAUGGGGAGUCCCUUGGAACGCUGUCUCCAUAUUCUCAGGAUAUCUAUGAAAGUAUUGACAUAGGACAGAGACGGGCCUCCAGCCCGGGCUACAUCGACUCCCCCACCUACAGCCGCCAGGGCAUGUCUCCCACCAUCCCACGCUCCCCACAUCAUUACUACCGCUCAGGCACAGAGAGUGGGCGCAGCUCCCCCUACUAUAGCCAGUUAGAUGUGAGGUCUUCUACUCCAACCUCAUACCAAGCUCCCAAGCAUUUCCACAUUCCAGCUGCCGGAGAGAGUAACAUCUACCGGAAACCCCCCAUCUAUAAACGACACGACAAUCCACCUGCAGCCACCAAAAGCAAAACCAGCGAAGACAUUGCACAGUCCUCCAAAUACAGCCCAGCCUAUUCCCCGGACCCAUACUACCACUCAGAGUCCGAGUACUGGCUUUUCCAAGGUUCGCCCAAAGUACCGCGAGCCCGCAGAUUCUCAUCAGGGGGAGAAGAGGACGGGUUUGACCGGGGGAUGCACAAGAUCCAGAGCGGCAUCGGCAGGUUGAUCCUGAAGGAAGAGAUGAAGGCACGAUCCAAUUCUUACGCUGACCCCUGGACGCCGCCCCGCAGCUCAGCCGGUAGCAGAGAGGCCCUGCACACAGCCGGCUACGAGAGCUCACUGAACGGCUCUCCCCGGACACAUUACCUGGCUGACAGUGAUCCCCUCAUUUCGAAAUCUGCAUCGCUCCCUGCCUAUAGAAGGAACGGGCUGCACAGGCCCCCCAGCGCUGAACUCUUCCACUACGACAGCACAAACGCCGUCAACUGGGGGAUGCGAGAAUACAAGAUAUAUCCCUAUGAGCUGCUCAUGGUGACCACCAGGGGGAGGAACCAGCUGCCCAAGGAUGUGGACAGGACUCGGUUAGAGCGCCACCUGUCACAGGACGAGUUCUAUCAGAUCUUCAGCAUGACCAUUGCGGAGUUCGACCGCCUGGCCCUGUGGAAGAGGAACGAGCUGAAGAAGCAGGCACGGCUGUUUUAAACGCAAUGCACUAUAAAUAUAUACAUACCUAUAAAUAUAUAUAUAUAUGUAUAGAAAGAUCUCUAUAUUGAAGCUCUGUAUAACUCUCUCUAUUGUACAAUAGGAGGAACGGCCACUCUCUUUGGAACUCCGUAGAGCGAAUUGAAGUCUCUCAGAUAUUU